AUGAACGUCUAUUAUAUUAGUAUAUUAUUGUUUGCGAUUCCGUUAAAUAUAUUGGUAAGUUCCCCUCAAAAAAAUCCAUCCAUAACACCACAUCAUACACCAAUAUAUACAUCACGACUGUUAAGCGAAAAGGACAUAAAAUCGACAAAUUAUGAUAAUGACCCACAAAUGAAAAAAGUAAUGAAAAAAUUUGAGGAUCGUACAUCAGAAAGAUUACGUGACAAAAGAACACAAGAAAUUAUUGAAAAAGAUAAAAUGGAAAAAUCAUUAGCAGAAAAAGUAGAAAAAGGAUGUCUUAAGUGUGGAGUUGUGUUGGGAGGUGGUGUUCUACCUGUUUGGGGUAUGAUCACAGGU